ACGGUAUUCAUUUGUCUUUGAGAAUCAGUGGAAGCAAGUCGGUGCCUGACAGUCAAAUCAACUCAAAUUCAUCUCGAUCCAUCAAAUUCUACCGAAAGAAGCUGAAUUUUCCGAAAUGGAGGGAGAAUUCAACGGAAUUGCCUCUUCCACCGAGGAAAUUGACAAAAAUUAUUGUAAAUCUAGUUCUCCUGAGGGAAUUGGACAGUGCGAGGACUCAGGAUUUGCUAGCAUUGCUGGUUUCAUCCCUGAAAAUGACGAGCAAUCUAAACUGGCAGAGGCUCCAGUCGUCCAGACUCGAGCGGACCGUGAACGUCAGCACCAGGAAAAUCUGGCGGCAAAACGCGAAGCAGAUCUGCAAUACGAAAAAGAGAAACGGGAGCAGGCGUACAAACGACUGAUGCACCUUCUGAAACAGUCCAAGUUCUACUCGGACUUCCUCCUGAAGAAGCUGAGCGCCCCCAAGCCCCCAAAGUCCUCUAAACGCAAGUUGUCAGACGCUGACAUUCCCUUGCCUGCAGCAAAACGCUCCAAAAGACGUUACCCGACUCCUGAAGACGAUCUCAAAGUGUCUCUUCCCCUUCGUCUUCAGAAUCGAAUAACUCGACAUGGAAUGAAAUUGAGCGACAAGGAGAUUCAAGCAGAACUGGCAGUAAUUGAUGAUGACGAGCCUCCACAGGACGUGAUUACCCAUCCAAAAUACUUCACAGGUGAACUGCGAGAUUACCAACAGGAGGGACUGCAGUGGCUGAAGGCCCUCUACGAAAAUGGAAUGAGUGGAAUCCUAGCUGACGAGAUGGGUCUUGGUAAAACCAUUCAGGUGAUUGCGAUGAUAGCUCAUCUCCUGGAGAAGCGCCAGGCUGGGCCCUUUCUGAUCAUAGCGCCUCUAUCGACCAUCCCCAAUUGGCUGAUGGAGUUCGAGAGGUUCGCCCCGAAGAUUCCAGUGGUGCUCCUGUAUGGAACUUCACAGGAGAGAGUCCAGCAAGCUCGCACAAUCAAAAAAACAGCGUCAGUCGAUGGCUUCAGGACACUCCCAGUGGUCCUUACGACGUAUGAGAUUAUCAUCAGGGAUAGGAAAGCGAUCAGAGGGCUCAAGUGGAGGUACAUAAUUAUGGACGAAGCUCAACGCAUCAAGAAUGCAGAGUGUCAGCUGUUGCAGGCGUUGAAAACCUGUGAGUCAUCGAACCGUCUUCUCCUCACGGGGACACCUCUUCAGAAUAAUCUCAAGGAGCUUUGGUCCCUUUUGCACUUUCUCAUGCCCCAGAUAUUCAGUGACCUCGCUGUGUUCGAGUCAUGGUUCGAUGUGAAGGAUUUCCAGCACGAAGAAGGCACCAACAGAAUUAUUCAGCAGGAGGAGGAGAGAAAGGUCCUGCAGUCACUUCGAGAGAUUCUCAAGCCCUUUAUGCUGAGGCGAUUGAAGUCAGAUGUUUGCCUGGACAUUCCGGGGAAGAAAGAGGUGAUGGUUUAUGCCCCUAUGUCAGCACUUCAGAAACAGCUAUACACAGCGUAUCUCAAUCGAGAUAUCUACGCUAUGUACAAGACGAAGCCUGAGCCUCUUAUUGUAGACGACGAGUUUGGAAACAGACCCAAAAGGAGAUGUACUAUCAAGAUCAGAUACCCGGGGUCUAGGUCGUUGGAGAACCGUUACAGAACCGGUACGUCUUCGGACGACGAUAGUCGUUCACCGACGCCUGAUCCAGAUUACUCGUCUUCAUCGUUAGAAGCUUAUUUUCAGAGCCAAGAUCCUUCAAAGUUUGAUUCAGGGCAUGGAGUGACGCAAAACGAGGUUGCACCUCCGAAAACCGCUAUUGUGGAGAAGGCGAUGGAGAACUGGACAGAACAUGUAGACGUGACUGAGGAUAACUGCUAUUAUCUGUUUAGAUUGUCCUUUGGAAGUCGUCAGGUUAUGUAUCGAAAGAUUAUUAAUCAUCCCUAUUUGAUUCAUCUGCCCCUGAAUGACGCUGGGUUACCCAAGGUUGAUGAAGAGCUGAUCACGGCUUCUGGGAAGUUCGUCGUGUUGGACAGAAUGCUGAAGAAACUCAAUGAGGCAGGCCACAAGGUCCUUCUCUUCUCCACCAUGAAGAUGAUUCUGGAUGUCGUCGAGGAUUAUUUGAGUAUGAGACCGUGGAAAUACCUGAGACUCGAUGGAGAAGUCGACAUCGAGACGAGAAAACACUCCAUCAGUCUAUUUAACAAUGAUCCUCAAUACUUUCUAUUUAUCAUCACUACGAGAGCAGGGGGCGUUGGCCUGAAUCUGGCAUCUGCUGACACUGUAAUCAUCUUUGACAGCGAUUGGAACCCUCAAGUCGACGUUCAGGCGAUGGCCAGGUGCCAUAGAAUUGGCCAGAACAGACCUGUCGUCGUGUACAGACUCUGCACCAAAGGGACUUUCGAUGAAGCUAUCAUCAGUCGUGCUGAGGCCAAGAGGAAACUUGAAAAACUCGUAAUUUCGAAAGAGAUUGAGGAGAUGAAGUUGUUUAAUAGAGAAGGGCUUAUAAAGCUCAAGAUAUUGUUGGAUUCGAGUGAACAGCAAGUGGCAAACUCUGGGAAGGAGUUCCUCUCUGAGGAGGAGCUGGAAAAACUUCUUGAUAGGAGCGAUCUUGAAGUGAAGGUCUAACUGUAGAACACUAGAGAAUUUAUUGCGAUUUAAAACUUAUCUCUAGGAUAUUCAUUUCAUUUUGAUUUCAUUUUAGAUAAAAUUUUUAAGUUCUGAGAGUGGUCUAUUGAGAAUUUUACGUUUUAAACGUGAGUAGCUAGAGGAUGUACAGGUUCGAUGGUAUUUUCUUGAGUUAGAAAUACCAGUCGAAUAAGGAGGAUAAGAAAGUCAAGAGUUUCUUGUAUUAAAAGUAAUGUCAAAGAGACAUUAUAAUAGAUACUUUUUCAUAAAAAACACCUUAUAAUUAAUAAAUUUUUGUUACAUUUA